GUGUGUUGCAUGCUCUAUCAUUUGAUCCUUGGAGCAGCUUGAUGAUAACAUAGCUACUGUUAUUAUCCCUAUUUUACAGAUGAGAAAACUGAGGUUAAAUGACUUGUUCAGGAUAACAAAACAAUCUGCUUCAUCUUGAUUCUGCAGCAUUCCAAAGUGUGGUAUCCUUGGGGUUCUCUUAACAUUGCUAUGGUGCAGAAGAUUUAAAAUCAGCUGAUGUUCACAAGGAAUAGAGUCACGUGAUGUAUGAAGGGAAACAUAUACACUUCUCUGAGGUUGACAAUAAGCCCUUGUGCUCAUAUAGCCCCAAACUGUGCAAGCAGCGGCGACUCAACGGCUACGCUUUCUGUAUCAGACACGUUCUGGAGGACAAGACUGCCCCCUUCAAGCAAUGUGAAUAUGUGGCCAAGUAUAACAGCCAACGCUGCACCAACCCCAUCCCCAAAUCAGAGGAUCGUAGGUACUGCAACAGCCACUUGCAGGUACUUGGCUUUAUCCCGAAAAAAGAGAGGAAGAAAAAGAAUGAUCCUAUAGAUGAGGUAAAGGGCAGGCACCAGAUGGAUACCAUGGCCUUUAGCCUGGCGGUGCCCACGUUGGCCUUGAAGAUGCCCAAUGGACUGGACAGCAUGUCCCUCUCUCCACCGGGGGCAAGGGUCCCUCUCCACUACCUGGAAACCGAGUUGGAAGACCCGUUCGCUUUCAACGAGGAAGAUGAUGACCUAAAGAAAGGGGCAACCGUGAGAAAGAAGUUGCAGAGCAAGUUGGCCCAGAAUCGUCAGCGCCAGAGAGAGACAGAGAUUUUAAAAGUUCGGCAAGAGCACUUUAGUCCCCCUCCUGCACCUUCCCAGCAGCAGCCUCCGCAGCAGCACUCCAGCCUGUCACCUUUACCCGCGCCUGUCAAACCUCCAGCGCCACCGCAGGGCUUAGUCUGCAAGUCACCUCAGCCUCCGAACACCAGCCUACCACUGCAGGGAGUGGCCUCCACCACGCACACUAUAGCACAAGCGAGGCAGUGGUCUCACAAGAGGCCUCUGCCCCUCCUGCCAUCCAGUAGGGCUCCUGUCGUGGACCCGCCCAGGACUGACCGGGUCCUUAUGAAAGCCACAGCCUUCUCUCCACACUUCUCUUGUAUAAGUCGACUGCAGAGACUGGUGAAACUGUGCACUCAGAAGCAUCAGUUGGACACUGAUCUGUUUCCCCAUUUGGGGUUGGACUGGUCUGAAGAGAGUGGAGAGGAACUGGAGGACUCGGAGCAGGCCUCGCCAUACCAGGUUGCAUGGUCCAUCCGAGAAACCCUCAGAUAUGAAAGACACACGUCAGAUGACGAUGACACGGAGAGUAGGAGCUCCAGGGUGACCCAACUUUGCACUUACUUUCAGCAGAAAUAUAAGCACCUCUGCCGCCUGGAGCGGGCAGAAUCCCGUCAAAAGAAAUGCCGGCACACGUUUAGGAAAGCCUUGCUGCAGGCGGCCAGUCAGGAACCAGAGUGUGCUGGCCAGUUAAUCCAAGAACUGCAGAGAGCUGCGUGCCACCGAACCAGCAUAAGCCGGACCAAGUUGAAGGAGGUGGAACCAGCAGCAUGCAGUGGCAUGGUGAAGGGUGAACAGUGCACUAACAAGGCCCUUCCAUUCACCAGACAUUGUUUCCAACACAUCCUCUUGAACCGCGCUCAGCAGCUCUUCUCAAGCUGCACGGCCAAGUUUGCAGAUGGACAGCAGUGCUCUGUGCCUGUUUUUGACAUCACACACCAGACACCUCUGUGUGAAGAACAUGCCAAAAAAAUGGAUAAUUUCUUGAGAGGAGAUAGCUCCCGGAAAGUUCAGCACCAGCAGCAGAGGAAACCCAGGAAAAAAACCAAGCCUCCUGCACUUACCAAAAAACACAAGAAGAAGCGAAGGCGUGGACCUCGUCGACCCCAAAAGCCCAUUCCCCCUGCAGUACCCCAAGGGAACCUCAGCAUGCCCACCAGCGUCUCACUGCCAGUGGAGGCCUCUCAGAUCCGGAGCCCGUCCACGCCAGAGCUGAGUGCUGAUGAGUUGCCGGAUGACAUUGCCAAUGAGAUCACUGACAUUCCACACGACUUGGAAUUGAACCAGGAGGACUUCUCAGACGUCCUGCCACGGCUGCCUGAUGACUUACAGGAUUUUGAUUUUUUUGAAGGAAAGAAUGGAGACCUCCUCCCAACGACCGAAGAGGCCGAGGAGCUUGAACGGGCCUUGCAGGCUGUAACUUCUCUCGAGUGCCUGAGUACCAUUGGGGUGCUCACCCAGCCAGACGGUGUGCCAGGCCAGGAGUUGUCGGAUAGAGGAAUAGGGGUGUUCGCCGCGGGUACUGGAGCGCCAGGAAUUCAGUCCUUGAGCCGAGAAGUGAACACGGACCUGGGGGAGCUGUUGAAUGGGCGCAUAGUCCAUGAUAAUUUUUCUAGUCUAGAGCUGGAUGAGAACCUGCUCCGCUCUGCUACCUUGUCUAACCCACCUACACCCCUGGCAGGGCAGAUCCAGGGGCAGUUCUCUGCCCCAGCCAGCGUUGGCCUUACUUCUGCCACUCUGAUCAGCCAGAGUGCACUUGGGGAGAGAGCCUUCCCAGGACAGUUUCAUGGACUUCACGACGGCAGCCAUGCCUCCCAGAGGCCACACCCUGCCCAGCUGCUGAGCAAGGCAGAUGACCUAAUCACCUCACGACAGCAAUACAGCAGUGAUCAUUCACACUCCUCGCCCCACGGAAGCCAUUAUGACAGUGAGCACGUGCCGUCUCCCUACAGUGACCAUAUCACCUCUCCCCACACAACAUCUUUCUCUGGUGAUAAUAUGGCAGCUACCUUUUCAGCAGAGAUGCCCAUCAUGGCACAGCACUUGCUCCCAACCCAACUUGAGGUGCCACUUGGAGGAGUCGUGAACCCCAGAACUCACUGGGGCAAUCUCCCUGUCAACCUUGGGGAUCACUCUCCAUUUAGCAACCUUCUCGACGCAGAUGGACAUCUUCUUUCCACUUCCCUGUCCACGCCACCCACCACUUCGAACUCAGAGACCACACAGCCUGCCUUCGCCACCGCGACCCCCAGCAGCUCCAGCGUGCUUCCGGGGCUGCCGCAGACCAGCUUCAGUGGCAUGGGGCCCUCCGCUGAGCUAAUGGCCUCCACCUCUCCCAAGCAGCAGCUCCCUCAGUUCAGCGCAGCCUUCGGCCACCAGCUGAGUUCUCACAGUGGCAUUCCCAAGGACCUGCAGCCCAGCCACAGCUCUAUAGCGCCUCCUACAGGCUUCACAGUAACAGGUGCCACAGCUACAAGUACCAAUAAUGCAUCUUCUCCUUUUACCUCCCCUAACUGAGCGUGUCUGUGCGUCUGCAGGCAGGUGGGGAGCCUGGUGUUUUCUAUCUUUGUUUCCUCUUUUAUCACCCCUUCCCCUUUUCCUAAAGAAGAUUUUAAAAAUAACAGAUGGGGGCGGGGGGAACUCCCUUUUCCGGUUAGACAAGUUCCCCUGCGGUGGACCGUGCUGCAGUGUUCACGCGUGCUCCUUCGCACUGGUGCUCAUUCCCUCCUGGCAGGUUCACUCCCCCCGUGGUUCCCUUAGUGGCUCAGCACAGUGACUGGAUAGAAUUGACUCAGCAGCAAGUCCUAGAAGUGGAAGAUACCUCAGAUUACCAGUGCCCUUUACUAUUUCCUAGUAUUCAGAUCAAUGCUUUCCAUUUUAUUACCAGGUCUUUACAUAGGUGGUUCUAGAUAGAAUGGUCCCAUUCAUCGAGUCCCCGUGUGUAAGACAUAGCAAAUGGUGUGUGGAGGCCGAUCAAGACUCUGACUUAACAGCAACUGCUAAAAACCAGUGAGGCCAGGAUUCCAUUCCUAAUCGUGAUCACAUUUAAUUAAAAAGAAAAAGAGUAGUCUUUGGACUGCCUGUGUGUAUGUGUGCGCCCACACGUGUGUUUCUGUGUAGGGCCGGAGCAGCUGUCCUAUUGUUAUUCUCUUUUGUUCCUAAUGAGCAUAUAAGACUCUGACUUCUUCCCCACACCUCACACCCCUACUCAUGUUGGUCAUUCUCUCCCACUGAGUUAACGAAGUUCCCUCAAUAGAGAGGGUGGUGGUCUGGUCACGUGAGUGGCACAGCCCUUUCUGCUAAGUUAGCCCAAAACCUAAAGCUGAAUUCCCUUCAGUGCCGUGGGAAGUGGUGAGACGCUCGCCUGAUGCUGCAGGGUCGCUGAGAGACUGUCUGCUGGUCAUGUCGCCGUGUAGGACAUGCAUUUGAUCCGAGGUCCCUCUGCCCAGACGCAUUCGCGAGAUGUAAUUAAAGGAGAUAUUUCGAUGUGGAAAGCGGGGUAGGUCAGGUAGAUGUGGGAAGAUGGCAUCUGUAAACUUCUUGGUCCGUCUUUUGCUUUUGAAUUUUUCAUGUUUACAGUAGUGAUUCUUUGGUAAGGUUUGUAAAAUGUUGAAGACACUUGUAGAAUCAGUGUACCAGUGGUGAAGUGAUAUGUAAUAUCUGAAGGAUACACAUUUUAAAGUUUCAAAGCAGAUUAUGGAAAUGAGACAUAAAUUUUACCCACUCUUUGGUACUUUUAAAAUAAUUUAAGUGCUUAGGUUUAAGUUUUGGGAAGUUGUCUGCAAGUACCAGGAUUUUACACUUAAAAAUCAUAUUGGGUAGGUUAGUAAAUUGGUGACUAUGAAAUGACUAUGCGAGUUUUCUUUUUACCUGCCUUCUCUCCUGCCCUCGCCCCUCCCCCAAAGGGUGGAACUAGGUUUUAAAGGCAUCUGUCCUCUCCUUUUGCUGAGACGUUUUACUGUCCCCUGAGGUACCAUUGGCUAUUUAUACCUGAGUCUAGUCUAAUUUAACAUAUAUAUAUUUUAAAAGAUGAGUAGAGAGAGCAUAUCUAUUAAUGAUGUGAUAUAAUGCUUCAUUUGUCAGGGAAUAUUUGAUCUUAAUUUCUCUUCAAUAGGUAAAGAUUGGGAUGUAUUUUCCUACUUCCAAUAUGUAUUCUCUUUAUGCCAUGCUACUUGUAACCAGUCCCUUCUUUUGAAAGCUUUUCUUUCUCUGCCUUUUAAAGGAAUGAUGGUGAUCAGCAGGCAUUAUGCAGGUGCCAUGUGACUGAGAUUACGGAGGGGAAGUCACAUGACUGUAAGAAAUCAUUAUAUGCCCUAUUUUAUAUUUAUUGAAGUUUCUUUUUAUGGGCCAAAAAUACAUUUGUAAUAUAUUUAGUUUCUUUUUAAAAUCAUAAUUGAUUAGAAGAUUUAUUUUUAAUAGCUUUGCCUUUUUUGCAGAUUGAGAAAUUUCUAAAUUAUAAAUUAUGUUACAAAGCAAAGUUAUAUUCGGUAUCACCAUAAAUUUCUAUUCUGAAUGGUGAGAACAGAUCAUUUGACUAUGUCUCACCUGUGGACCUAUGUGAGUAAACUUUUUUAUGUUAAUGUACUGUAAUGAACUGAUUAUGAGUAGUUACCUCUACUCAAAAGUGUCAUUUAGUUUGCUGAACUCUUUUCACACCCCAUUACAAUAACUGUCCCUUCCCAGCGACUGGGCUUAGUCUGCAUUGUGUGCUAAUGAAAGGUUGCAGGGAGCAGCUUGCGUUCUUAUCAGCCCUUCUCUGACAGCAAAGGGAAAGUCACGGGGAGUCCAUUGGAACUUUUCUGGCUAUUUGUCCCUCGUGGUAGCUGCUUAAAAUUCUUCAGUUAUCAAAACUGAGUUUGCAGUAAGUUGCACAUUUUAUUGUUUGCAAUUUUCUGUUUUAUGUGCAUUUAAAAGCCCUUUUCUGCUUCCUGGAAGGAGGCAGGAAAUGAUCAGGAAUGUUGCCAGUUACAGCUUCACACCAAAAACUUGGAGAAAAUUCAUUUUUGUUUAGAUGCCCACGGUGAGAGCUGAAGAAAGGGCACGUAGGAAGUACCCAGUGUAGGCGUGAGGAAUUAGUGAAAAACAAACACAUUUUUCCUCUCAUUUCCUCUACUUCAAAACAAAUACCCGAGCUUGUGGUUUGCUUUUCUCUUGCUGUUUCUUGAGUCCCCUUUUGGAAGAGAGAAGAACAUCUGUGAACCCAGAGAUAUCCGUUAUGUUAUUCUGGUAGCUAAUGGAGCAAUUCUAGUCUAUUAGUAGUAGGCUUGCUAUUAAUAUGUAAAGAAAGGAAUGAAGUGUCUUUUACUCCAGAAAUAUGAAAAUUAGUGUCUUUUGAAGUAGCACUUAUGCUAUAUAUAAUAAGGCAAUACUGGAAUCAAAAACAAAUUUUAUUUAAGGUCCUAGUUAGGUGGAAGCUAGCUUUUAUUCUGGUGUUAAACUCGAGAAGGAGUGGCCGAGAAGGUUCAGUUCACUCUGUUUCUGCAGUUCUUCGGGACCAUUUAUAAAGGCCAGUUAGAUUGUGUUAAUGUGAUUUUAUUUACAAAGUUGCUGCAGCUAAUGGAUACAUUCUGUGUUCUGAAAACCAGGAUUCCAUUCUAAUGUAUGAUACUCAUUGGCUGUGAUCUAGUGUCCGAAGAAAAGAUGUGUUUUCUCUCCUUUACUCUCUCUACAUAAUUGUUAAUAUUAUUUUAAUUAAAGUGCUUAAGACAUUGAUUUUUCUCUCUAUUGAAAAUACUUAGCAAUUUGCACAGCUGGGUAGGUUAUAUAUCUAGUAAACAAUUCAUAAUAGUUAAUAGCAAUUACACUUGACCCUCCAAGUGCCGGACUAUGCAAUGAAAAAAUUUUCUAAUUCUUGUCACAUAGCUUACACUGUGGAGGAUUAUUUUCUCUGAUAACCUGCCAUGUGAGAGAUGACUCUUAGCAAAUGAGUCCAGUGUCCCUCCACGAGAAGACUGUAAUUUAAUGAGAAGCAAAUAGUAAGUAUGGAAGUAAAGUUGGAAUUCCGCCCUUCAGAUUGUAGUUACAUCUUGAGUGGCUUCAGGCUAAAGAAAGCUAAUACUUUAUCUUUGCCACAUAAUUAUUCAAGAAUCAUUUCUUAAAUAAGCCCAGUCUCUCCACUGCAAGUUAGAAAUCCCAUUUUUCUGUGACUAACACUAAAGUAUUUGCUUAGCGUUCUCAAUCCGUGAUCACAGCCCAGAGAAGCAAAGAUAGUUCUUUGAUUUGGAAAGAAAGAUUAUCUGUGCUACACACAAAUACCCUAUCGGUACAGUUCUCUUCUUAUGUGAAAGAAUUUAUAUUUCUGUUGACCUGUUCCUUUCAGUUUUCACCAAUUGGCACUAGAGCUUGAGCAUGCGCAGGGAGUCCCAUGCAGUCAGUUCGCCCACUUGCCUGCAGUCCCUCCUGUGCGGUGCAUUGUGGGUGGUGAUUGUUGAUAGCUUCAUCAGCAACGUCUUUGUGAGGCAUCACCCUUACUCUAGGCUAGUUCAAAAGGUUGUGGAUUAGUAUUGUAAAAAGAUGAUGCUAUUAAUAACACUAAACUAUUUAAUAGGUUUGAAAUUCAUUCAAAAACUUUUAGGUGUCUAGUUUGCAUUUUCUUCAUCCUCUUUCUUUUUAAACUUCUUUUAACAUUCAAUUAAAUUCUAUUUUUAGCCUGGCAUAUAUAGAGUAAUUCAAUGUUUAAUGGUCUUCUAAAUGGUCAGCAGAACUCCCUGUUGAGAAUUUCAGAAAGAAAAUGUAAGUCCUCCCAAACCGUCUUCAUUUGUAUCUCUUUCAUCACCAACGCCUAUGUUGUGCCAAGGAUUUUUUCCUGACAAAAAUAUAUGUUUCUUGGGGUGGGGGGUGGGAAUAUAUAUAUGAUAGAACAUAGAUUUUUUUCACUCUCUCAAUACAUUGAAAAUAAUUGAAUCUUCACUGGCAUUCUACAGAAAGGUAAAACAAUUUAAUGACUUCCUAAUAUCUUGAACUUUACAAGUUUCCCCGUAUAUUGGGGAGGGAUCCUGAAUCCACGUUUAGGAGAUUGACAUUUUAAACACUAUCAUUCAAAAGAUUCAUAAUAAAAUACCAGUGAAGAACAUACUCAUUUUCCCCUGACCAGCGAGUUGGGAAAGAAAACAUAAAAUAUAAAUGAAUGACUACAUCUCUCCUAAUAAACAGUAUCAUUAAUGCUAAGAUUGUGGUCAGAUUUAGAGCCUUAUUUCCAAAUGGCAAAAAUUCUCCUUUCACUCCAGCUCUUACUGUUUGUUAGCUUUCCUCUCUGCACUGGGGCACAGAGCUAAUCAAAGGGAAUGUGGAAUCAGAGCGGGAGAGCCACUUUGGCAUGACUUUCUUUACCUACUACAUCCCUGGAUCCUGGGAAUGUUCGGCUCCUUUCAGUGGCAGAGUGUUUGGUGACCUGAAGUUUAGUUUUGUAAGAGAAAACCUGUCUAACCCUUAGUGAGCUCUGUAGGGCAGCACAGCACAGCCUUCCUUCCUUUCCCUUUCUGCCUGCUUGCUCAGCCCACCCCAGUCCUGCAGUGCACACACACACGCACGCACACUCACACACGCACGCAUACACACACACGGUCUGUACUGAUGCUGAUCCUGGCCUAAGAGUAACAGGACCCUCACCUUUCACUUGUUUUGUUUUUGUUUGUUUAUUUCUUUAAGCUGGGGACCACUGACAUAAGCUCUGUAUGCACCCAAAGUUCCCCUUGGAAAAUUUUUCAACAUGCAGUGCAGAAGGCUCCAGUGCAGCGAAAUGCCACGCCAUUGCUUUUAGUUGGGGAUAGACUGAUUGGCCCUGAAAUGACUUCACUCCUUAAGGUCCCAUAGGCUCCAGCCGAUGAGUGUGGAAGUGAUAGGCGUGGUCUUCAUCUGCUUGCAAGGGUUGAAUCAGUUCCUCUCAACAGUGAUAGUUCUUUUUCACUGUACAGUGUUGAGUAUAUCUCAGGGAUUCCAUGUGGAAAUUAGGGCAGAUUUUAAAAUAAGAAAAUAGUUUUCAAAAAACUAAAGGUGACUCAUCAUUGAGGAGAGUGCAAGAAAGAGAAAACAUUUGGUUUCAUAGCCCAGUGUCUUGCAUAGGACUUUUCCUUCUUCAGCCUCUCAUCUCAGCUUCAGCAUACAGAAUCUUUUCCCAUCAUGCACAGCUUUAAAACUUUUAUUUAAAAAUCUCCUUCCCCGAUGAGCUUUCAGAAUACUUAUUGUAGAUUUUAAGAGAAAAGGUAUAUUAAUUUAUGCUAUUAACAUCACCUCAUAAAUUAUAAGUUUUAUACUAAAGCUGUAUUGAGUGUAAUGAGUUAUGUUGCCUAUGUGUUUAAUAGCUAAAAAAUUAUAUAAGAGCUUUUUUUUUUUUUUUUUUUACAAAACAAACUAGUGAAGCACCUUUUUACACUGGAUCUCCGCUGUGUCAAGGUGUAUAGCUGUCCUUUGCUACCUUGCAGAUAUAUAAAAUAAAAGGAUAUCCUGGGGCCUCAAAAUGUAGAACACCUUUAGACCAUUAAUUACGCUCAUAGAACUGUUGAGAAUCAUGCUUCUUCAGUCAGUGAUCUGUGGUUUACACUUAAGAUGGCUAGAAGCUUAGUUACAGGGUAAAUAGAAAUACAUAGAUCAAGUAAAAUUCCCAACUACUGUAGCUGGAAUUUGUAAACGAAGUUUUUAAGACCUCCUUUAUUUCCUAUGGAUUUAUUCUUUAAUUUACAGUUGAUUUUGUAAGUUGGGAAGUAAAAUAGAGAAAAUAAAUCUAGAUGUUCUCAGUGUCUUAUUCAGGAAUCUUUUUAUCCCUCCUCACUAAGGAAUUCCCACUGUGACUUUAAAAUAGAAUUAAAUUACUUGUGUGCAUGUAUAUGUCUGUUUUUCCACACAUGCAAAAAUAUCCAUUGGGGGCACGUGUGAGAGAGAUGAGUGUGAGCUUCAGUAAAAAUAGAGAAAGGUAAUAAUGUAUUAUAGAAAUAUGAUUCAUUUAGUUGAGGGUAUUGGAAUUGCUUUCUCAGUGUCUCUGUUGUAUAAAUGCACCAAAUUGUUCAUCAUGUUAUGUUAAAAGGCUAACUCUGAUAUCAUGUGCAUUUUAUUCUAAUGUUUUAACUUAUAUUAUGCUGUUUUUAAAGUGACAUGAGAAACAGCAGGUUCUAAGACCAGCCUCUGGCUUCUGAGCAUAAAGAUAGAAGAGAGACGACAGGGCUGUGUUUAUCUGUUGGGGUGCUGGGACCAGAGAUCAAUUGAGCCUUCUUCUUUUUCUUUUAUUUUAUUUUAUUUUAUUUUUUUACGAUUUCUUUAUAUCCUGAGUUAGAAAAUAUUCUUGAUCAUCUUUUCUUGGUGAAGUUAAGAAAAUUAUAGGCCUUGGAUAAAAAAAAAAAUGCCAAUUUUUCAAGGGGCUGCUUUGUUUAAUGAAUUGGUGGGAUCAUUUCACCGUGUAUAUUUCAAAACAGAUGAUUUCAGUUAUUUUCAAAAAUGAAGAAAAAAAUUACUUACUUGUGCUAUUAUUUAUGAUGUUAGCCUGCCCUCCUCCACCUAUAUUUUGGCUAUAGGGAAAAUAUGCUACCCUUGACUUGAUCCAUAUGGAAUUAAACAUUCCUAUAUUUUGAGGUUUGCCAUUUUGCUGUUAUACAUUCAUUACUGGAUUAUCUGGUGGUCUAAAGUAGUCAAAACUAGAGUUGUUAUUAAAUGCUCCAGCCACAUUUAUUUUUAAUAUUAAAAAAUCACGUACUUUGAAAUAUGUCAAAACAGCUUCUGAUAGUACACCUGAAUUUGUAGUUCUCUUUGAAGCCUUGUUCAUCAUAUAUAUAGUCAAGACCGAAAGCUUUAUAUGUUCUUUUUACAGUGGUAUUUUUGCAGCAUCUCCCAGUUCCAUUCACUCUUGCUUUAUGGAUUU